AUCAGUGGCGCACAUACCGAGGAGGACAUACCUGUGUGCGCAACUGACGCCCAGCACUGGGAGGGCUUUUAAAUGCUUUUAUGUCAGAAGCCGAUCGUAGGACCAAUAACAAGGAAACAAGUCGCCAGCGUGUGGGGCAAAACCGCAUUUUGCUGACAGGUUUUGCCCUCGGGUUGAUCGCAUUUAGACUGUAAUAAACAAGAAAGCCAUUCAGAGGAAUACUGUGUUAUCUGUAGUUUAAUCCGGAGGAUACUGGACUGUUCAAGAAGAAUGGCGAAACACGACGCCUCCGAUAUCUGCUCCACUGCGAGGAGUUGGGCGCGUGCAGUCGUAAUUCUCAUUAUCCUUCAAGUGUGCAGUGCCCAGCGUGUGCGGGUAGAGGCCGAAGUCCGGGCGUUCGCCAAGGAGGCCGUCAGCCUGCGCUGCAUGUUCAUCUCGCCUGGAAACACCAAACUCACUCAGGUCUCAUGGAUCUACGAAGCCACCGAAGGCGAGCGCGUCAACAUCGCCGUGUUCCACCCGCAGUACGGCGAGAGCUUCCCCGACUCGGCCUUCAAGGGCCGCGUCAAGUUCACCCACGGCAGCCUGGACAACCCGUCCAUCGAGAUCAGCAACAUGAAGAUGGCCGACGAGGGCAGGUACACGUGCGAGUACGCCACCUACCCCAGCGGGAACGAGCAGGGCACCACCAACCUCGUGAUGCUGGCCAAGCCCAAGAACUCAGCUGAGCACGUCACAGUCACGGCUGCCAAAGCGGCGGCCGUCGUGGCUCGCUGUGAGGCCUCCGAGGGCAAGCCGGCCGCCGUCAUCACCUGGGAGUCGGACGUCGCGGGCGGCAAGGCCAACACCACGCAGGUGGACCAGCCUGACGGGACGGUGACCGUGAAGAGCGAGUACUGGUUGACUCCGUCCCCCAGCCACAACAACCAUGACGUCAAGUGCGUGGUCACCCAGAGCACGCAAGACAAGCCGCAGUUCUUCCCCAUGAAGCUCUCCAUACAGUAUCCCCCAGAGGUUUCCAUCGUGGGCUAUGACGACAACUGGUACAUCGGCCGAACCGACGCCGUCCUGGUGUGCCAACACGAUGCCAACCCGGCUCCCACCACUGUCGACUGGACUGCGGCGAGCGGCGCGCUGCCAGACGCGGUGGAGGUGGCGGGCGACCGGCUGCUGGUGAAGCAGGUGGACGACAGCGUCAACACCACCUUCAUGUGCGAGGUGAAGAACAUCCUGGGCUCCGGCAAGGACCAGCUCACCGCCAGGGUGACCGUGAAGCCUAAGCCACACAGAGGGAAGGCUACAGGGGCCAUCAUCGGCGGCAUCAUCGGAGCGGUCAUCUUUCUGUGCCUAAUUGGAGCGCUCAUCUUCCUGUUCCGCAAGCGUCAGCUCAACGCCGAGAGUGACGAUGCUCCCCCAAAGCACAAGCCCCCUCCUCCUGUCAAGAUGGACAGUUCCACAGAGAUGCUGAAUAAGCCCCACAACCCAGAGAUGGAGACACAGCCACUCAGCCACAUCUACUACGAGACCGGCGGCGAGCCCGUCACUGAUCUGGAUGAUGAGGGCCACGAUGGAGUCCCAGCCAAUGGCAGCGGGCCGGCGUUGUGGGACGGCUCGGCUACCCACGUGCCCGCUGACGAGCACGCCGCGGCCGACGACUCCUACCCCGACGGCCCGGAGCCGCCACUGGCCAACAGCGGUGCUGCGGUGGCGCGCGGCGAGAGCUUCAUGUCCGAGCCCAUGCUGGUGUAGAGCGGUCUACGGGGGGCACCCCCAACACACUGCCACCCCCUGAUCCCUGACCCCCGACCCCUGCCCCUCCGCCCGACGCUUCGACCCCGCGAGAUGUGCCCACCUCGCCCUGUGCCCACCACGACUACGCAGGGGCCAGUUACAACUGUGGACUCAGACCCUCCUCUCCCCCCCACCCUACCGCUAAUAUCCGCCCCCCCCCCUUCUUCUGAUGCUGUCCAACCCUUCCAUUCAGUAUUGCCAACUCUCCCACCAUCUCCCCCCAGCUAAACAUGAAACCAAUGCAAAACAUGGGACAGCUUGAAUGUUUCAUUGCAAUCUCCCCUCAAGGUUAAAUAUCAACCCCUGAUGGUGCCUGCAAGCAAGGCCUGUCAUCUCUGGCUAGUGGCAUACACUGAAUGCCAAGAGUUGACAAUACUGAGUGUGGAUUUAUUGUCGAUAAACUGUACAUCUUCUGAUAAGGGUUUACACACACACACACACACACACACACACACACGUCUACGGCAAAGCACACAGUCAAUUGUUCCUGCCCAAUCAUAAGAGACCAUAACAGCUGCAAGUUUUUAUGUAAAGUGUUCUGCGGUAUAAGUGUAUACUAGACGGUGAGAGUUCACAGCAUACACAGAGCAUAUACAGAGGCGUAACGAUGACAAGAGGUCGUUGUGAAAACCUAUGCACUCAACAACAAGAGCUCCAGUGCAUAACAACCCUCUCGACUGGCAUCAAAGCGAUAUCAAAGCCGUGUAUGCUGAGCUCUUCCGCAUUUUAUUAAGCGUUAUUAUUUGGGAAUAUUAGGAUUGUUCGGUUUUGUCUUUCGGGUGACGGGGCAGCAUAACCAAAUUGUUUUUAUUGUUUUAUUCGUUUUAAGUUACUCAGCUGAACAUGGGAGGGUAUUAAAUGACACGUUUUGUAAAUACUAAUAAGAAGUAAUAUAUAUUGUCAGGUACAUAUGUGCACAGAGUGUAGAAAAAAAAAAACAGACCAACAAAAUUAAACAAAAAUAACAAUGCCAUUGUUGUAUGAAAAGAAAAAAAGUGUGCUUUUAAUUUUAACGGGUAUAUUCUGGUUGUAUGCUGAUGUUUUCAGUAUGAAAAUGACUUGGACUUCAAUUCUAUAUAAUAUGCAUGGCAUGAUUGAUGGCUUUUUAAAGAAAAGAACUAAAAUGUGGAUGCAUCUGCCAUUGUCCAUGGGCUCUGUGGUUUCUCUUUCUUUGUUUUGUUCUCUCCAUCUCCGCCUCUCUCUCUUGCAGUCAAAGCACAAACGAGGGAACAACAAUAACAACAACAGCAACAACAACAACAACAACAACAACAGUUGUCGGGAACAAAAAAAAAAUGUCAGAAAUUGUACCUCCAGUCGUUAAAGAGGUGAUCAAUUUAUUUCUCAUUUUCUACAUUUCUUUCGAGGGAGCAGCAGAAUUGGCAGUGUUGACUCUUGUUUACAUCGAAUGUAACGCGUCCUCUCGUAUAGACCCCUGCGGUCAGUUAACACACGCUUCUCGUCCCCAUGCCACGCCUACAGUACAGUACAUGCUCUUUCGCUCAAUUGUGCUCGAAUACAAGUUGGAGUCAAGCUAAAUAUAGAUGGGAGAGCCUCCCCACGAGUCUAGCGACAGGUCAGACAGUCAUAGAGGGGGGAAAACCCCACUGAAGUAUUGAUCCGGUUGAACUGUAGGGUCUGGCUUCUCCGAAUGAACAGAAACAGGUCAUAGAGGGGACCAUCUGCUGUGGCACAUACUGAUGUACUGAUGUCAGGUCUGUUGCGCCACAUACUGAUGUACUGUACAGAUAGAUAGGUGAUAGGAUGCAUGAGAGAAUGGAAGUGUGAUGGGAUUUAAGAGCGAAUAGAUGUACAGACAUCAGAUAAUAGAUAGACUGAUGGGAUCACACGCUCUCUAUAAAUAGGUAUAGUGUGAUAUAGAUAGAUAGGUGGAGGGAUAGAUGGAUAGAUAGAUGAAUAGAUGGAUAGAUAGACAGAUAAAUGGAUGAAGGGAGACCAGUAGAUGAGAUGAAUAUAUCAGCAAGUAAUUCCACCGAAACAUCUCACAGAUAACUGUAGGACUAGACAGCUGACCUAUAGCACAAUUGAUAUACUCAUCACACGCAUGGCUUGACAUUCUCUCUCUCUCUCUCCCUCUCUCUCUCUCUCUCUCUCUCUCUGUGUGUACCACACACGAUGCACGUACUGUUCAUGCUAUAGCAUUAUGUUUAAUCACUAGUAUAUUCUCCUUUUAUGGGGCUGUCAAAUGUCUGCAUGCUGCGCAGUGCACAGUGACCCCAGCGCUAGCAUUACAAACAAGUUGGAUGGGUCUGCUACCAUCAGACGGCAGUGUCAGACAAUCACCGCAUUGCACACACACACACCCCAAAAAUGGUCAAAGGGAAUAAGUUAUAUUUCUAUCCUUUCCCUUAUUUUGAACUGUGAUAUUCUAUUUUAAAGAUGUAUUUUUUUUUUCUCGUUAAGAUGUACUAUAGGCUAUAUAUAUUGUUCCAUGCUGUUAUGAGUGUACGUUUGUGAUCCAAGAGUGGAUAUAAUGUAUUAUUGUACCAAUAUCCAGAAAAUUUUCAACGACAAUCAUUUGUGACAGAAAAUAAUGAUUAAGGGUAUUGUCAGCUACCUGCUUGAUCUGUACCUUACGUUGCUUAUAUUGAGUUGCUGAAACCAUGUUAUAAGUCUUGAACAAAAUGAAUUUCAUAGCAGUUUAAUAAGGCAUUGCGCGUCCCUGGUUUAUGAAUCCAUAAGGUUUUAUGUUCUGAUGCCAAAAACACAAACUGUGAUUAUUAGAUAACACUCGCCGAUAUUGCUUCUCUCUCACCUCGUCGGAUUGUGCUUCGCUGCUUCAGUGUCAACAACCAAACGUGCCUUGGUCACCUUUUAUUUUUAGCUCUUGAAAUGACGCAUUGCAUAUUCUCUUCAAUUUUACAAAGGUUGAGGUUAUGCUCAGACUGCGUGGCAAAUGCCAGACACUGGAGAUCAUUGUGAUUGUAAUUUUUUACGUUUUUUUUAUGUUUUGAUUUUGCUAUGUUCAUUUCUGAUUGAUCAUUUGUUUUGUAAGCAUUUUGAAAACAAGCGUGUUCUGUUUUAUUGACUGAUCAUGGUGUUGUCCAAUAAAAAUGUGUAAGCCAAAUCUAA